CAGCUACAAAAGCCUUUUCAUGUUGCCACUAUAAUUACAGCCUACACACUUGCACACACACACACACACACGGGAGCGCGGCACAGUGUGUCUUUGUGUCUGCAUGUGUGUGCGUUGUGUGUGUGUGUGUGCUCCGCAUGUGCUGUUAUACACAAAAGGGUGAGCUAUUUUUACCUCUCUCCCUCUCUCUCCUCCUCUCCAUCCCCCCCCUCAUCCCUCUCUGCCGCUGCUGCCAGCCACAUUUGCUAUGCUGAGCACAGGCAGUAUCAGUCAAGCCCCAGCGUCUCUGCUCUCGCACGCCGAACUCACACACAAGCACACACGAUCUGAUGAGCGCUUCUCCCUCGCUGUCCCUCCAGCUUGUUCUAGAGCUCCUCUGCAGCCGGGCACCUCUGCAAACCCACAGCUCGCUGCUUCGCUGGCCAUGGAUCAGGCAGUUGCUCAGGUGGUGGUAGCGGUGCCGCGGCAUGUGCUCGCCGCCGUGCACAUGACCUGAAGCCCGCUCACUCGGACUCUGUGGUUUUUAACUGCCUGAUUUAGCAGGUUCGUUGCUGGAAGCUGGUCUCAAUGUUGCGGACCAUAUUUGAAGCGGAAUGUUCUCUCUCUCCCACAGAGGGAAUCCUGGGAAAGGAGCAGCCGCUCGAGGUUCUGAAGACAUCGGCGCUCAACCACAUCCCAACAGUGGACAUCAACUCGGCGCUGCCCCUGCGACUCCCUCCAGCCGCCAUCCCCAUGGAUCUGCGCGUGGACCAUCACCAGCAGCAGCAGCAGGUGUCUUCGCUGUCGCCGCCCGCCCAGCAGUCGCCCGGCUCGGGCCCGGCCGGCGGCGGCGGCAGCGGCGGCGUGGUGGCGGCUUCGGUGCGUGAGCAGCAGCUGCAGCAGGAGCUGUUGGCCCUCAAGCAGAAGCAGCAGAUCCAGCGGCAGAUACUCAUCGCCGAGUUCCAGCGGCAACACGAGCAGCUGUCCCGCCAGCAUGAGGCCCAGCUCCAGGAGCACAUUAAGCAGCAACAAGAGCUUCUGGCUCUGAAGCACCAGCAGGAGCUGCUGGAGCACCAGAGGAAGAUGGAGAACCACCGUCUGGAGCAGGAGCUGGAGAAACAGCAGCGGGAGCAGAAGCUGCAGCUGCUCAAGAACAAGGAGAGGGGACAAGAGAGUGCUGUGGCCAGUACUGAGGUGAAGAUGCGUCUCCAGGAGUUUGUCCUGAACAAGAAGAAGGCGUUGGCCCAGCGGAGCCUCAACCAAGGAGGCCUCCCCAACGACGCUCCUUACUGGUACCGUAAAACCCAGCACAGCUCUCUGGACCAGAGCUCGCCUCCACAGACUGGCGUGUCCACCUACAACCACCCGGUGCUGGGCGUCUACAACCCCCGGGAUGACUUCCCACUGAGAAAGACUGCCUCUGAGCCCAACCUGAAGCUCCGCUCGCGGCUGAAGCAGAAGGUGAGCGAGCGUCGUAGCAGCCCGCUGCUGCGGCGCCGAGACAGCCCCAUCACCACCGCCAAGAAACGCUCGCUCGACAUGGCAGACUCUGCGUGUAGCAGCGCCCCCGGCUCCGGCCCAAGCUCCCCGAAUAACAGCUCCAACAACAUCCCCAAUGAGAACGGCAUCACUGUGUCAGUCUCCAACAACACGGAGGCGUCUCUGGCCCAGAGGCUGUGCAGCGGCGCUGAGCGGGGCUCCGUUAACCAGCUGUCCCUCUACACUUCACCAUCCUUACCCAACAUCACCCUGGGGCUGCCCGCCACUGCCACGGCCACUGCUGCUUCCAACGUGACCUCAACCCAGCAGGACGGAGGUCUGCAGCCGGCCCUCUCCCUCAGCCCUCCCUUCCUCUCCGGGGGACACUUGACUCCAUACUUGGCCGAGGCCGGAGCAGGAAGCGGCGGACACGGUGCGCACAGCCCCCUGCUCCAACACAUGGUGCUCAUGGAGCAGAGUCCGGCGCAGAGCCCUCUGGUCACAGGUGUAAGCGGCAUAUCGAUGCCGACAGCAGCGUCAAUGGCCAAGCUGCAGCGGCAGCACCGGCCCCUGGGGAGGACCCAGUCGGCCCCGCUGCCCCAGGGUAGCGCUGCCCAGGCUCAUGCCCAGGCCCUGGCCCUGCAGCAGCUGGUGGUCCAGCAGCAGCACCAGCAGUUCCUGGAGAAGCACAAGCAGCAGUUCCAGCAGCAGCAGCUGCACCUCAACAAGAUGAUGGCCAAGCCCGGCGAGUCGCCCGUGGGCCGCCAGCACCAGAGCCACCCCGAGGAGACGGAGGAGGAGCUGAGGGAGCACCAGGAUGCCCUGCCGCCGGGGGUCACCAUCAAGCAGGAGCCGCCCGACCCUCAGGAGCUGCAGGAGGAGCUGCAGCAGCACCGGGAGCGGCAGGCCGAGCAGGAGCUGCUCUUCAGACAGCAGCAGGCCCUGUUGUUGGAGCAGCAGCGGAUUCACCAGCUGAGAAACUACCAGGCGUCGAUGGAGGCCGCCGGCUUGUCGAUCUCCUUCCCAGGACACCGCCCCCUCUCCAGGGCCCAGUCGUCUCCGGCCUCGGCCUCGUCCUUCCCCAUCAGCGUCCCAGCGCCUGAUCCUCCCGUCAAGCCUCGAUUCACCACAGGCCUGGUGUAUGACUCCCUAAUGCAGAAGCACCAGUGCAUGUGUGGAAACACCAACAGCCACCCAGAGCACGCAGGCCGCAUUCAGAGCAUCUGGUCUCGGUUGCAGGAGACCGGACUGAGAGCGCAGUGUGAGUGUAUCCGUGGGAGGAAGGCCACUCUGGAGGAGCUGCAGACGGUUCACUCUGAAGCCCACGUCCUGCUGUAUGGAACCAACCCACUCCGACAGAAACUUGAUUGUUCAAUCACUCCCAUGUUUGUCCGGCUACCAUGUGGAGGAGUCGGGGUGGACAGCGACACCAUUUGGAACGAGGUUCACUCGUCCAGUGCGGCUCGUCUCGCUGUCGGCUCGGUUGUAGAGCUCGUUUUUAAAGUUGCUACCGGAGAGCUAAAGAACGGUUUCGCUGUGGUCCGUCCUCCUGGACACCACGCCGAGGAAAGCACUCCCAUGGGUUUCUGCUACUUCAACUCUGUGGCCAUCGCAGCCAAACUGCUGCAGCAGAGAUUAAGCUUCAACAAGAUCCUCAUCGUGGACUGGGACGUUCACCAUGGCAACGGCACCCAGCAGGCCUUCUACGAUGAUCCCAACGUCCUCUACCUGUCUAUUCAUCGCUACGACGACGGCAACUUCUUCCCUGGAAGCGGAGCGCCUGACGAGGUGGGCAGUGGUGCUGGAGUCGGCUUCAACGUCAACGUCGCCUUCACCGGAGGCCUCGACCCGCCCAUGGGAGACGUAGAGUACCUGGCUGCCUUCAGGACGGUGGUGAUGCCCAUUGCCAAUGAGUUUGCUCCAGACAUCGUGCUGGUCUCGUCAGGCUUCGACGCUGUAGAGGGGCAUCCUCCUCCACUGGGCGGCUACACCCUGACGUCCAAAUGUUUCGGGUAUCUGACCAGGCAGCUGAUGACCCUUGCUGGAGGCCGGGUGGUCCUGGCUCUGGAGGGGGGUCACGACCUCACCGCCAUCUGCGACGCCUCCGAGGCCUGCGUGGCCGCCCUGCUGGGCCAGGAGCUGGACCCACUGCCAAAGGCCGUCCUGGAGCAGAGGCCCAACCCCAACGCUGUCCGCUCUCUGGAGAAAGUCAUAGAGACUCACAGUAAAUACUGGCGCUCGGUGCAUCGCUACUCGCCUCUGCUCGGACUCUCUCUGCUGGAGGCCAAACGAGGAGACUCGGAGGAGGCCGAGGCCGUGAGCGCCAUGGCCUCGCUGUCGGUGGCCAACACCAACACCAUGGAUCAGAGGCCUGAGGAGGAGCCGAUGGAGGAGGAGGAGCCGCUGUAACGGACGGAGAUGUGAGGGAGUCUCAGAGUUACCGUGGACCUCUCCGGAGAAACGCCUCUUUGAGCGGCGAAGAGCCUCGACUGAUCCCUUCAUUUAUCCCCCACCCACCCACCACCGCCGUCACCUUGAUUGGCGGCCCCUCGGCCAAAAUCGAGGGAGAGGAGGGUGGGCUCAGCCUCGGAGCAGGGAGCCAAUCAGGAGACAGAGGACUGAAUUGGGGGUAAAAAAAAACAAACUGAACAUAACGGCGUCGCUUGGCAGCAUACGCUCAGAGACACUCAUUUUUUCUGCCGGUCUUCCCCGCCUACGCCACGUUAGCCCCCGGCGGCUAGCACGGUGCAGCGGGUGUUUGGAGCGUCUCGUCACAGGAAGGUGGGAUUAUGUGCAGGAACAAACGGUGCUUUACGCAGCUGCCCUCAAAGCGAAUUGACACCAGGGACAGCAGACGUCUCCGGCUGCUCCUCAGCAGCUCGGCGGCUUACUUUUCUCUUUUCUUGACUAUUUUUCCCGCCAGAAGCGGGGGGGCAUCGCGAUACUAUUUUACAAGAUGCAUUCACUGUGGACUUUGGUCGGCCGAAGCUUGAGUAGGCCUUUGACAAAGAUUUGACGGUGAGACUGUCACCUCGCUGGACCAGCCUGUCGUCUGAAGGUUGACGAGUGUAGAGGAGUGCCUUGGUGAGGGUCCGCUGGAUUUCAGGAUUGUUCAGGAAAAGAUUGCCUUAAGUUUCAAGAUUUUUCCCCUCCGAGGUGCGAGGGAGGGAGGGAGGGAGGGAGGGAGACGGAGGAGUAGAGAAUGAUGAAAAUAAAGCAAACAAUCUUUCAGCAUGUUUACUUGGAAACGUGACGACGACAACAUUUCUGUCUCUCACGGCCUCUCUUGAAGAGUUACUUUACUUUUUGGAUGGAUCUAUUUUUCUGUAAAAAACAAACAAAAGCAAGGAUUUGUAAAGGUAGUUGCCAGCUUCAGUAGAGAGAAGGGCGCAAAUGUGGAGACUUUCAAGCGAGGAAUUAGAUUGAAAACGUGUCAAAUAAAGGAUUAGCCUUUUAUGUAGCUUCCCUUUAACCGAAGUCAUCGCUUUGUAAAACACAUGAAGCAUGAGCAGAGAGGCCAGAUGUUUUUUGCAAGAUUCUUGAAUGUUAUCCAAAAGAGAAAGCCAAGCAAGAAAAGCCAAAGCAUGAGUUUGCAUUUACAGUUUCACUCCACUUAGCUGGCAGACAUUUCUCGUAUUGGUCCUUCGCGACGAAGCUCCCAAUACCCAGUUCAAUGUUUACUGAUUUAAUCCUUCGCAGGUCAGGUGAGAUCAUUUCUUUACGCGCUUCGCCGGUUGGCAACUACCUUAGUUACUAGUGUGAGCUACGCAUUCGUCAUGUAUAUUGAAUUGAGUAUAUUUUGAGAGGCAGUAAUCGAGUAUUGUCCGUUUGUAUCUACAUGUAUGAUUUCCACAUCCAGUUGUCAAUUUACGAUAUCAAGAAGCGUGUUUUGGUAAGCGUGUCCACUUUUUGUUUUUUAUCGUAUAAGAUUAUUUUUCUAACUUUUUUCAUCCAUAGAUUUUGUUCCGUGUUUUUAUCCGUUUUCUGGAUAGUUAUAGGGCUGCCAUUCACACACUUAGUACUAUUGUCAUUUCUUUCUUUCUUGUAUUUAUCAAAAACAAGGAGCGACUCUUUCUUUCUUUCUACGGCUCCCUAAGCCUUUCUGCAUUUUCAUCGAUUAUGUAUUUAUAACAUGUACUGUUUAUAGGAGAUUUGUAUAUGGAAAAUUUAUAAAUGUACUCUAAUGACAGCUAUGAUAUUGUGAGCAAAAAAAAAAGUCUGGUGUAUGAUAUUACUCCAUGAACUUAAAAAAAGCAGCGUAUUUAACUCGUCAUCGACUGCACUGUUGCCCUCAAGUGAAACGUGGUCAUUACAUGGCACUGCAAUUGACUUUUUAACACCUUUCAGAGUGAAACAUUCGAUCACUUUGUUGCCUAAUCAGUACAUUUUCCUCUUGUGCAUGGGUGAUAUGCACUUACCUUUCGACUGUGACAGCAUCACGCAUCCAUAAAGAGGUUUAGAGGCCGUUUUAUGUAGCUAGCUGAGUUUUUAUUUCCGCAGCGGGAAAAGAAAAGAAAGCGACGCCGACGUCAGGAAAGUGGAAUUCGGGAUGGAAAACAUCAGCUAAUAAUUUAAAAAUCUCUUCUUUCUGAGCACGUGUUGCACUGUUUCACCUCGGAGCUCCGAUCUUCUCUUUUCCCGCCGCUACGAGUAGAUCAUUCAGAUUAACCCUCAACUUCUGUCACUUUUGUUUUAUAUCAUUUUGUAAACUUGAGUUGAUGUUUCGUUUUUGUUUUUACUUCCACACCUAACAAACAUUCCACUUGUUACUUGUUUAAUUUGGCUUAGUUUUUUUUUUAAAAAAAAGGUGAAUCUGAGUAUUUCUUUUGUAGAGAAACUUUAAUACUACUCUUUCUUUUGUUAGUCGUCUGCUCGCGCCAACUUUAACUCUUUGCAUGGUUUGUGAGUCAGCAUGCCUGCUUGUCUAUGUAACAAAAAAAUGUAUUUGCACAAUAGAAGAAGAACACUGGAGGACUUAAAAGCGAAACCUCCCGCGGCACUAGGCGGGACGGUUUUCUUCCUCUCUGGUGGGCAAAACAAUUCAAAAGACUUUGUCCAAAUGACUCCACUGGGAACAUUUGAUAUCGCUCCUUUUGAAUAUUUGAAUUUUAACACAAAUCAGCACUUAACGGACUGAGUUUGAGAGAAACGUGCUCUGCCAAACCUCCGCUACAUUCACACCUUAAAAAGACUCUUCCCAAAGAAUGUUCCUCAUUCAAAGAUUUCCAGACGGGCACUGCUGCCGUAGAGAAAUGACGGUUUGGAAAAAAGGGCAUCGUCGUUUGAUUGUCACACCCACCUCGGCCAGUUCUAUAUAUAACCACUGUGGCUCAAGAGCAACUCUUGGUUUACAUGUAAAUGGAUUAAAAAACAAAAAAGUUAUUUUUUGUUUGUUGUUUGUCUCUAUUGAUGAAAAAUGUUAUCUUUCUUUGGGACCUACGCUUUUGACAUUUCAUCUCUGACAUCAUCAAUAAAAUAUAUUUCUGAAAAAUAAAA